AAAUAUCCUUCCCAAAGUAUGUACCUAAAUCUUUACGUGAUUUACCUACCAAGACAAGAUCCUCAUGCAACGCAGCUCACAUAAGAACGACACAUCUUGAUAUUUAAAUUUAUAUCCUACACCCCCAAAAACGGAAAACAUAAAGUGAAGUCGAUCUGGACAAAAUAAUGGCGAACCUUCAGCCCGUCAAGGGCACCAACAAAGACCAGCCGGGUUUGCGCUACCCGACCAACGGCAAGACAAUAUACCAUCGACCUCUAAAUCGCACCAAGGCAUCCGAGCUCAGCGGUGCUAGUUUCGCCUACCUAUUCUCUGAGAUGGUCGGUUACGCCUCGAAGAAAAUAGAGAGCAUACAAGAUUUAGAAAAGCGGCUCAACGUUCAAGGUCACCCGAUCGGCCUCAAACUUCUCGACCUCCUACUAUAUCGCGAACCGCCGCGUUCACAAACGCGACCAUUAAACAUCAUCACGCUCCUCCACUUCAUCAAGAUCAACAUAUGGCAGCACCUUUUCGGCCGGGCCGCCGACGGGCUCGAGAAGUCGUCCGAUCCUACCAAACCCGACGAGUACAUGAUCAUCGACAAUGAACCCCUCGUAAACCGAUACAUCAGCGUGCCCAAAGACAUGAGCCAACUCAACUGUGCCGCCUAUGUUGCCGGUAUCAUCGAGGGUGUAUGCGACGGCUCCGCAUUCCCAGCGAGAGUCACGGCGCAUAGUGUGGGCAAGCAAGAGGAAGGCGAGAUGUGGCCAGGCCGGACGGUCUUUCUAGUCAAGUUCGCCCCCGAAGUCAUGGAGAGGGAGGGAUAUCUAGGGAAGGGCUAAAAGGGCCUUCGCGUCAAGGGGGAAAGAAAUAAAAAGAAAUGGGCGCGGUCAUAUCAUAUGGGCAUUGCAUGGCGUUUAGGACUAUGAAUGAGGAGUUCGGGUAGAUUCAGUUUCACACGGACAUGAUAUCAUCGGAUAAGACCGAAGUCGCCUAUUGUUAAGGUGA